AGGUCCGGGAUUGUGGCCGGCAGGAUGCUCACAGCUGUUGAGUCAUCGAGAGGGCCAAUAUAGCUUUUUGUCCGGCGCGCGCACGCACGCUCGCAUUGCCGCGGGCUUCCUCCGUGUAGGUUGGAAGCGUCAAUGACAUCUUCAGCCUUAUCAGGCAUCUGAUUAUUAUAUUGCCCUGUUGCGUGCACCACACUAGCGGGUAUCUGUUUGAAGAGAAAUUCGCUUACGACAAGGAAGCUCAUUUUGGCGACGCUCCUUUCUUAUGGUGCAAAUGCCAGUUCUGGCGCCGAAUUAUCCACUUCCUGUCUCUAUGAAGAGUACCUAUGAUCAUUUGGUAGGUCGUGCUCCGCACGAGGCGCAGUGUAGUUCGAAUCAAACGGCAGCUAUAUUGCACCCCAGGCGGCAGCAGGCCCUACAACACAGCUGUAGUAUGAUCCGUACGAUCCAGAGAGAACCUGCCCACAGAGGGUGUUUUGCCUGGAGUGCAGAGCGCUGUAUGCGGAGUGCAGCGAGCACCAGAGCACGAGAGACCACGCGGGAGGCCACGCGGGAGACCACGCGGGAGGCCGCGGGCCACCGAUCCUGGGCCCAGCCUCCUGCCCCCGGGCCCCUCCACGGCCUGCGGGGGCCGAGCCCCAUCGGCGGGCCCAGGCCUCCGGCGCCGUGGACUCUUUCCACGACGCGCCUCCUCGGAGGUCCGGACCCCGAGCACGGCAGAUCACCACAGCAGGACGGCAGGGCUGCCGUGCUCGUGCUCCGCGUGUUUUCGGAUGGGAGAAAAUGAUCCCCUGAGGUCCGGGCCCCUUUCCGUGGGGCCGGUUCUUCAUCCCUAGCCGUGUCUUGACGGCCUGCAGGGCCUGGAAAGGGCCGAGCGCUUCCCGCCUCGAGCUUUCUCCGCGGUGCGAGGACGUCUGGGAUCCCAGGCAGUUUCGCAUUCACGAGGUUGGGGGGCGGGGCGAUAUAUGUGGAAGACAUGUGUCGGCAUGACGGGAAAGGGCAAGGGAAAAGGUGGUAACAAGAGUACAAAGGGGCAGCACUUUGGCAGAGCGGGGGUUGAUGCAUUGGAAUGUGCAAAGUUGGAGUUGUCGGGUAUUGCCAUUGAGGCGGGAGACCCCGCAGCGCUUGUGGACGUGCUUGAGGAGAUUCCUAAUGAUUUGAGAGAUGUUUCUGAAGACGUUGACGAAGUAGAGGGCGGCGAGGGCAUAUCGGUCGGGACAUACAAUUUGCUGCACCCAAUUUAUGCGGAGAACUACUCAGAGGUUGAAGGAGUGGUGCAGGACAGUGGGUGCAGCAAUUGGCUGCAACGUGCACCAGCAAUCGCAACAUUGCUUCGGGAUGGCAAUCUAGAUGUUUAUUUCCUCCAGGAAGUAGGUUUGAAGGAGAUCGUGGAUUUGAGAAGACUAUUGGGUGGACAGUCGCCACCAAAAAAAACUGAGGGCACUGUUGUUGGGUAUGUCUUCGACAUGGGGUUUUACGAUUGUGUGCACUUCACUCACCCAAGCCGUGCAGCAAAUGAUGGCGUUGCUGUCCUGGUGCAUCGUGGGCGACUCAAGCUGCUCAAUCAGCAGGCUGUCCCAUUCCUCGGGAAGGGUGUGGGUGAUGCAUUGAGCGGAGAGCCCUACAUGUGCGCCGCCCUUGCCCUCGCAGAGGAUGCCUGGGGGCAGCGUGUUGUCUUUGUUUCGACACACUUUUACGAACAAAAAGGCGGUGAAACCCCAGGAUGCCUUGCUCACGCACCUCGAACGUUCGCAUCUCGAAGCUGACUUUGGCCGAAUAGAUGUUAUAGUUUGGGGCGGCGAUUGCAAUCGCUCAUAUGCGGAGGCGCCACCAGGAUUCAUACAUGCUCCCGAAGGCAUGGCAGCCACACGUCCCAACGCGUACACGAAGAGGCGGAUUGAUUGGAUCUUCGCUUCCGAAGGUUGUGCCAUGUCCCGCUCGACAAAGACAAAGUGUUUCAUCAAGUCCACAUCUCGCCGGAUUAUCUCCACAGGGAAAGUUGCUUCUGAUCAUCGAGCCGAGGCCGUUGUGAUCAUAUUACCAACCGAAGAUAAAAUGUAAUCCAGGCAACCCCAGAGCUAUGUGUUACACUUCAAGCAUGAUGAUAUCGGUUCAGAUGGGUACCUUUUGAUUUUGAGACUUUCUUAGCACUUCUUAGUUUCAAAUUAUUAAUCGCUUCGCUCACUCCGCCGGCCCAUGUCGCAUCGCUGGGGCUGCGUGGUUGUGUGGGUCUGGAGCCACUCGGAUGGCUGAUGGGGUCUCGUGGGCGGCUUCUCGGAGGCGUCUUGGAGAUGAUUGAAUGUUGUAGUCAGUUUGUGCGAUGUGCAUGUGGCAUCGAACAGCAUACAUGCAGUAUUGAUAAUAGAUGCAGGCUUUGCAGAGUGUUGCAGCUCUGCCUUCCGUAGGCGAUGGGACUCCCUUCGCAUGUUUUCCCGUUGCCUCGGCUGUAUUGUUAUGAAUUCAUGAUUUGGCGGCGCAGUCAUUUCGGUGGUUGCACGUAGA